CUGCUUACUUAGAAAACUAAAAUACCCUCAAGUCAAGUAAACCACUGUUCCCUGUGAAAGCUUGUUGCUGAUUCACCCCCCUACUUCAAGACCAGCCCUGGAAGUUUCCCUCUGCCAGACAAAACCUUCAUGAGAGGACAGAAAAGAUGAAAGUCUGUGCUUCUUUUGCUGUUGUCUUGGCUCUGACUCUGAGCAGUGACUGUACAAGGAUGCACUACAAAUCUGGGGCAGGAAGAGGCUCAAAACAUGAGUUCACUCGCCCACAAGUGUUUACAGAGGAUGGAAAUUUAUGCAAAUUUCCUUUCCGGUACGGUGGAAGAUUUUAUCACUCGUGUUUAUCAAAUCUAUUUUCCAGAAAGAAAUGGUGUUCAACAACACAUAACUACGACCGGGACAGGAAAUGGGGACACUGUGCUUUACUGCCCAAAGACUACUCGGAUCACUGCACAAGCGACCCUUGCCAGAAUGGAGGGACCUGUUCUCUCGCUCAUGGCCAUAAGAUGUACCAUUGUACCUGUCCUGAGGAAUUCACAGGCGAGGACUGUGGGAUGAAGAAAUGUUUUGACAACAGUCUCUACGAGUUCUUUGAUGUGGGCAUGAGCUGGUCAAGAGUCCAACAAGGAGCUGUGGAGCAGUGUGUGUGUGUCAACGGCCAGAUCGAGUGCGAGAGUGUUGAACACAGAAGUUGCUUUCACGAUCCUUGCAUGAAUGGUGGAGAGUGUAAAAUGGUUACUUACAGUGGGAAAAUAGUAUGUGAUUGCAAAGGAAAUUAUGCAGGAAAAUAUUGCAAUAUUGUUCCUAGCCAUCGGUGUUAUGUUGGCAAUGGCACGGAAUACAGAGGUACAGCAAAGACAACCAUUUCUGGACACAGCUGCUUGCCUUGGAAUUCAGACUUGCUUUACCAAGAACUUCAUGUUGACAGUGUGGAGAAAGCGAUACAGCUUGGCUUGGGACCAUUCUCUUACUGCAGAAAUCCAGAUGAUGAUGAUAAGCCAUGGUGUUACAUCAUGAAGGACAACAGUUUGUCUUGGGAGUAUUGUGACCUUCCAUCUUGUGCAAGCAGGGAAAGGAGGCCACCAGUUCCAGACAAUGAAGAUAAUUUUGCAGUUACCAGAAGACCAUGUGGGAGAAGACACAAAAAAAGAAGCUUUGUGAGACCUAGGAUUGUUGGGGGAUCUUCAUCUCUGCCUGGAUCUCAUCCCUGGACAGUAGCUAUCUAUAUUGGAGAGACUUUCUGCGGUGGAAGCCUUAUUCAGACUUGCUGGGUUGUGUCAGCAGCACACUGCUUUGCUAACAGUCCACUAAAAUCAACUAUUAAGGUAGUUCUGGGACAGCAUAUAUUUAAUAAAACAACUGAAGUAACACAAACAUUUGAAAUAGAGAAAUACAUCUUGCAUCCUCAGUAUUCUGUGUUCAACCCUACUGAACAUGAUAUUGCUUUGGUUAAGUUGAAGAAGAAUGGCCAGCGUUGUGCCACCAAGUCCCAGUUUGUUCAGCCCAUCUGCUUGCCAGAAAGUAGCACUGUUUUCCCCGAUCAGUUCAAAUGUCAGAUUUCUGGAUGGGGACACAGGCAUGAGAAUAUAACUGGUUAUGCAAAUGUGCUACAAGAAACACUGAUUCCAAUUAUCCCUGAGGAGAAGUGUAGAAGCCCUGAAAUUUAUGGAACUGAAAUCACUGAAAAUAUGUUCUGUGCUGGCUACUUCGACAGCAAAUCUGAUGCUUGUCAGGGAGACUCUGGUGGACCUCUGGCCUGUGAGAAAAAUGAAAUCUCUUACCUCUAUGGAGUUAUCAGCUGGGGAGAUGGCUGUGGCAGAGUCAACAAACCUGGAGUAUAUACAAGAGUGACGAACUAUGUAAACUGGAUUAAUGAAAAAAUAGCCCCCAGAAAAAACAGCUGAACAGUUAAAUAUGCUAACAUUCAAUGCAGGGUUAAGAAGUCUUUUGGUUUCAUUAAAGUGGCAUAAUUCUUUUAUUAUAAGCUAGUAUAAAAACUGUCACAGUAAUUCUUAGCAAUUCCAAACCAGGCCAACAAAAGUAGGCCUGCUCCAUCUGAUGUCAGCAUCCUUGAUCUAGAAUUUUAGGGCUCUGGAUUGCUCAGUAUAUGAGACUGUGUUUAUUUAACUUAAUAAAACAAACAUGUCGAGACAGUGCACCAAAAUCUACAACUGUUUGUAGAUUGGAUCACAUAAAAAGUGAUUUGAAUGUGUUUGUGUAGUUUCUGGUGGAGCUGUCUUUCCCUAAACCAAUCUAUAAUAACAUAGUCUUUGUAUUCUCAGAUGAGAUAAAAAAAGAAAUGGCAGGAGCACCAAAGGUUACAUUCCCUUCCUCCCAGAAGUGAUCUCUUGAGGUUGAGGCCAAAGGACAACAAUAGAGCAACACAGGUGAAAGUGUUCCUCAGCCAGCUGCAACAAACCAGUUCUGGGGGAAAAAAGAAGGUUUAGGUUUUGAUUCAACCAACUAUGUAAGCAUAUUUUUAUGUUCCACUGACAUAAAUCCAGGACCUCUGAUGAAUCUUGUGUGCAAUUUUCCAGCAAGGUUAAUGCAACACCUCCUGGGAGCACAAAGUUUCUUGUUGAGAAAUGGAAGUCGGAGCACCUGAUUUCAGGCUGAUAGAGUUCGGACCUGUUGUAGACUGUGAGCUGCUCCUCAGCCUGGAGACAGGAGUGGAAAUACUUCACCUUGGUGAUUAAUGCCUAAAUGUUUCUGAAAUUUGACAGUGUUUCGGAGAUGUCUUAGAUUUCAUACUAACAAGUUGUCCAACUGUUUAUAUAAUUCAGAAAGGAGGUUUCUCUUCACAGGUUUCUAAACUGAAUGGCUGGGGGAGCAGCUUGACAUUUUUCUUGGGGAUUUGGUGAUAACAUAAACGACAGGCUUUGCUGUCAUGGUCUAUGGAAUUGUUAUGGGAACAAUCAAAGAAAUUAUUACUAUAUAUAGCUGUUUAGAGGCUGUGGACUCAGCUAUGUGAGCAAAAAAGGCUGAAAAUUAUUCAACAAAAAAUAUAGUCUGGUAAAGAAGAAUAGAAAAUUAUGAAUUUCUUUUUUAGUACAUGGAACUUUUAGCCAAGUCAGAUGUGUACAUUUGAAAGUGUUGAUGCGAAAUAUAUUUCUUCUCUGAAGGUUUUUGAAUUCUCUUCAGUGUUUCAAGCAAAGCUAUACAUUGAGAUAGAGAAUUUUAAAGAGGUGCCUGGAUACUCAGUCUGUGUUUUGUUUUAUAGUACUGGCAGUCUUUUCACAGGUUUCUUUGUUGUGGUGAAUUAUUUUGACAGUUAAAAGGAACUUUGUAAGGAAAAAUAACCAAAACCUGAAUUUGUGUCAGUAAAACUAGAUAACAAUGCUAAUCUAGAUAAAUUAUGUAAAAUGUUUAAUAAAAGUAUUUACCCUCUG